ACUACAGAGACUGACUAAACUACAGCCAUAACGGAGAGUGUCACUGUGAUUAUUACAAAUCCUGUAUAUAACUUUACCGUCAGUUUUGAGAUACAAAACAACGAGUCAUCAAGAAUAAACGAUGACUUUUCAUACCUGAUCUCAGUUUUAUUCUCUUUUCUGCAGAGCUGACAAUGCUGAAGAUGAAGCUGCCCAUGAAAUCGGCGGUGGAAGGAGGACACAAAACGGCCGAAGACGAGCUUGAAGAAACCUCUGAAUGCAAUCUCCAUAUUCCCGGUUCUAGUUUCCAGACGUCACCCAACACCAACAGGUUUACAGAUUCUCCGAGCGGGCUGCGGUACCCAGUCUCUCUGGAUAAAGAGGCGGUGUACGAGUGGUUCGGCUUGUACCUAAGUCCGGCCAAGCGAAUCGAGUUUAUGUGUGGACUGCUUCAUAUGUGUCAGCCACCAGAGUUACGCUUUCUGGGCUCCUGCCUUGAAGAUCUUGCACGAAAAGAUUUCCACAUCCUCAGGGACUCCGAGAUAAAAGCAAAUGGCCCGAACGAUCUGAGCCUGUUGACGGAUGUCACUGACCCUGUGAUCCGGUCCAAACUUCUCGUGUGUAUGGCCCUCUUGGGGUCUGAGAACAGGGAGUGCGCUGAGAUACUAUUCCGUAUCCUGAGCCAUGUGGAUUCCUCCUUGAACUUGUUCAAGAAGUACGGCUUGCCUGUCACUACGUAUACGGACCAUCAUCGGUGUGGUGAUGGAGAGGUGCACGGUGGAUCGUUGCAGGGUUGCGGGCCCCCAAUGGAGGUAGCAGCCGAUGCCCAGCAGCAAUUGGAGUUGCUUUUAACCAUGGCCUCCUUGCACCCAGCUUUCCCUUUUCACCAGAGAGAGUGUUUGAGAAUGCACUUGGACAAGAUUGAGAGAUAUUUUAUUUGGAUCCUCUUCUCUCAGAAUAACGUUCAACCAAAUGAUUACUUUGCUCCCAGUACUGACAACAACCGGUUUGAAAGAACAGCACCUACUCGGGGAAAUCAGACUGCCUCUAGAAAAGCACAGAGAGAAGCAGUACACAUAGAGACGAUUGUGCUGAAAGGAGUGUCACGAGGUAGCAUAUGCUUGGAGUACACAUUUGAGGUCAAUUGGUCUGAUUUGUCGCUGAGCUCUGUAACAAAAACACACCAAGAACUUGAAGACUUUUUAUUAAAGCUACCAAAAGAGCUUUCUACCGAGUCGUUUGAAAGAGGCAUUUUACGAUUGCUGAGCCAAGGACACAAAUGGGAACAUGGGGACCUUGAGCGGACUUUAAGGGAUACGUUUCUGACAGCCCCACAAGCAUUCCUGCAAAGAGAUAGGGUCUGUCUUUUCUUCCUUUCCAGCUCAACAGACCCAGGCCAUAGCCACAAUACGGAGCCGCACAUGGCAAGUAAUCGCAAAAAACAUGCUGACAAAAGCCCUAGUCUAAGCAUUCUAGGUGACAAGGGCCCUCAGAUGGAGGAACGGAGGGUCAAGCACUUGGAGUACAAUGGAGUUCUAGAUUGGAGGAAGAAAAGCUGCUCUUUGAAACCUAACCCUGAGCACUGCACACCAGCUUCUGAUGAGCAUCUAAGUGAAGAUAAAUGGAGUUUACCUCAUGGCAGCAAGAAGAAAGUGAAAUCUUUAACUGACAGGGAGAAGGGAAGGAAAGGAGAUGGUAGAAUAAGCUACAUCGCCAAUGGCAUCCUGAGACCUGCUCCGGUGCAGCUUGUGCGAUCAGAGUCUGGGAAAGAUCCCAGACUGGAUGCUGGCUUGGGUCCAGACACCUGUGGAGGGACAUCCGCUGAGGGCUACAGCUCCCCCUCCAGCCCCAGGCUCGAUGGCAGGGAGGGUUUUGAAAGCCAGGACGAGAAGGACAAGGAUACUGACAAUAACUCUGAAGACUCUGGCAAUGCAAUGGGUGCAGCUUCUGCUGAGGGAAGGUCUGUCGCCCCAGCUGUGUUCCUGAAGGAUGACGUCCUGCGGCCAGAGAGCCCCCUGAGCACCACCAAGUUCACCCAGUUCUCUUUUAUGCCGCCCAUCCAGUGUGUGAUCCAAAAUGGUGCUCCUUGGCCCGAAGGUGUGGUCCCUCCACAGACAGUAGACAGCAAGCCUGUGGGCUUGAUGGUGACGGUGCCCACUGCUCUUCCUUCCAUGAGGGAGGCCAUGGUGAGCCCUGCAGCAGCCGGAGACUCGGAAAAGCAGCACCUGGAUACCACCUCCCUCCUGUCUGCUUUAAACCCUUCCCAGCCGCAGCAACCAGGCAGCCCAGCUGUCUACCCCGUGAUCCAGCGCUUCAGAAUGUCUGCCCCACCCAUUUCCCAGAGCUCAGAGAACUUCACCACCACGCAGCAUCAGCCACUAGUAGGUGCCAUCAAUUUGAUAUCCCCUAACCCAGCCUAUGUGUCCACCCUCAAGUCAGCCAGAGGAUAUCCGAGUGGAGAGCCAAUGGGGCCAGGUCUGCCCCCUGCCAUGCCCUACACUGAGGCAAUGCAAGCCCACAACAAGCCUCCUCCACUGUCCUUGCCCACAGGCCUGCCAUCUUCUCUGCCCUCCUUUGGCCUGCCUGUCUCCAGGCCCUCCCCGGGAGCUGCGGGCACACCUCCUCCUGCUCGUCCCCAGGCAGUUGGCCAAGUGCAGGCCAUGGUGCCUCCAGCUGUUCCUACUCACACCCCGGGACCUACGCCCAGCCCCAGUCUGACUGUCACCCACAGUACAGCUCAGAGCGACAGCACUUCCUACAUUGACAGCAGCCUGAGCUCUGCCGGAUCCCAUCAGCCCCCACCACCACCACCACCACAACAGCAGCCGCAGGCGCCGCCCUCUGCACAACAGCUGGGAUGUGGGGCUUGUGGGUGCCGGGGCAGCUGUGGGAGCAACCACCCACCCAGCUUCUUCUUCACCCCCCAGCUGCAUCGGCAGCUCUUCAGCGUCCAGCCACUCUUUCACCUGACGUCCCUGUGCAACAGCAGCUACCUCAACCAGGCACACCAGAGCAACGGCGCAACACAGCUGCCUUUCUUCCCACCUGCUCACUCGCCCUACCCUAAUGGCCCCUUGCUGCACGCACACACAGACCACAUGCUUGGCAAUCAGGCCAACUAUGGCCUCCAGCAGAUGUCUACUUUCGGUCGCUUCUACCCACCCAUGUAUCAGACAGUCAGCGUGAUGCCCAAUGCUGCCAAUGGGGCAGGAGUGAAGAAGAACGGGAGCAUCUCCUGCUACAACUGCGGAGCCAGUGGACACUAUGCACAGGACUGCAAGCAGCCAUCAGUAGAGGCCAGCCAACAAGGUGGCUUUCGGCUUAAGUAUGCUCCUCCUUCUCAUCCUGAGACUCUAGACUCUACAGACUGAAACAGCAGGACACCACAAAGGCGUUUUAUUCUUUCUAAUAAAGUUUAGUUUCCUGAGAGCCAGUGUUUAAGAUUUUUCAACCUCUUCAGGGGAGGGGUUUAGUUAAUCUGAAAACUUGUGCUUAAAUCUCAUCUAGAUCACAGAUGAAGGAAACAAUCAGUCACAAAGAUAAUAAUGUCGAUCUCUAGUUUUGCACUGAAGACUUGCAAGAAACACUUGCUACGUUUACUGAAUUACUUAAGUACCACCAUGUCACUUAAAAGACUUUGGUAACAUUUAUAUUGAAAAGAGUGGCUUUCAUUUUUUGCGUAAUGUUUUCAUGCUUGCUUUUCUGUGAGAUGCAGAAAGUUUAAGCUUUCUAGUACAAGACUUGCUUAGCCAGAAAUCUUGACGACAUCACAGCAUUUCACUGAGGUUUUUCUUUUUUUUUUUUUUUUUUUUUUGCAAUACAUUGAAAAACAGAUUUGAGAAUCCAUGUGCCUAUAUUUACCUUGUUGGAGCAAACAUUUAAAAAGAGAAAAAAAUAAAAAUAAAGGAAAAAAAAAGCUUUAGAAAGACUUAGAAAUGAUUUUUUUAAAUGAAACAAAAUGUGUUUUUAAGGAUUUUUUUAGAGCAGCUAAUUAACAAAAACAUCAAAUUUUUAUAUUUAUUUGAAAUCUUAAAUUAUAAAAAGAACAGAUUGUGUGACUGUUGUUUAAAAUGUUCUGUGUUUAUAGGAAAACAUGCAAGAGGCCACAGUCAUUUCUUAAGAUACACGUCUUUGUUUUAGUGUCAUAAUUAUUAUUUUUUUUUCCCCAAAAAACAAAAAUCUAAAGCUCGGAUUAUUACA